AUGGGUAUCUGCUCAGCCUCUUCUCAAACUUUGCUGCCCUACACCAGAGAGCAAGUUUAUGCUUUCGUCACCAACCCGCACAACUGGCCGCUCACGUACAAAGGCAGCGGCGGCAUUCAACAAAAAGACCUCAAGCUACCAUUGACUCUUGGAUCACAAUGGACAGAGAAAGUUGCCCUUCAGAACAACACUUACUACGCCAAAUGGACUUUGAUUAACGCCAUCGAGCCGUGGAAGUGGUCUUUCCUCCAAGAAAACGGAAUCGGAGCUACGGACGAGGCCAUUACCGAUGGUGUCGAUGGGACGACGGUUAUCGAGUACGUUUUCCAGAAGGCAGAAAUGGAAGUUGGAGGCACGAAGAAGGAGGCUUGUAUUUUCAAACGCACACUCAGCAUCGAUCUUCCCCGCAACGGGACACUUCCAGAAGACCUUCUUGCUGUUUGCAUGAAGACAGCGGGUAUCGAGGGGUACCACGACGCCGUGGCAAGGGAACUUGAGAAAAUUCACGGAUGA